AUGAAUUAAAAUUAAUAAGAUAAUUCUAGUGAUGAUGUCAUAUAAUUUGAAGAUGAUGAAAUAAUUGAUUUUAUUAAUAUUGAAUCAAAUACUCCUAAAAUUUGUUAACUUUAAAAGCAAGAACUCAAAGUUUCAAAUGAAUCAAAAAUUAGUUCUUAAUUGAUUGUAAUUUAAGUAUUAUUUAAUUAAUAUUUUUAAAGUAAUAAACUAAUCCAAAAUAAAAGCAAACAAAAUCUAGUUAAAAUACUCUAUAAGUAAAAAUAGAAGAUUAAAAGAAUAAUAAUACUUCUGAACUAUAAAAAUUUAAGGACAAUAAUUAUACUGUUUUAUUAGAUUUAUAAGUUGAAUUUGAUGUUGAAUAAUUCUUAAGGCAUCCUGUUCCUAAAGGAGGAAUGAUAUAAUGUAGAUUGUAUAGGGCUUCUCCUAAAUUUACAUUAUUUUUAGAAUAAUAAAAUAAAAUCAUUUUAAAUGCUGAAAAGAAGUCUUUUUCAAUUAAGGGUAGCUAUAAAAUAUUUGCCAAAGGAAAAAAAGAAUAAUUUUUAGGUAAAAUUAAAGGAGAUUUUAUGGGUUAAAAAUAUAUCAUAUAUGACAAUGGAAAAACAUCAAAAAAAUCAAAAGACAUAAACUAAUUAAGAAAAUAGUUAGGAGUUAUCUAUUACUAGCCUUAUGAAAAGAAAUUACGUUCAAUUUAGGUAUUGAAAUUCAACAAAUUAGGCAUUUAUUCCUUCAAUAACUUCUACUGGAUAAUUAUAUGAAUUUAAGAAUCAUUCAUCUUAUAACUCUAUUAUCAAUAAUUUUGAUAAUGUAAUUGAACUAGUAAAUAGAAAACCUUAAUGGAUAGCUUCAUAUAAAUCUUAUGGUUUAAAUUUUUAUGGUAGAAUAUUUAAAAGUUCAGUUAAGAAUUUCAUUUUGACAUAAAGAGGAAGCGAAAUUCCAGUGUUAUUAUUUGGCAAAAAUGAUGAUAGAGAAUUUGUACUUGAUUUUUCUUAUCCGCUAACUCCAGUUUAAGCUUUCUGUNACUAAAACUUUUAUAUUUUCGAAAAUAAUAAUAUAAAUGAAUUAAAAUUAAUAAGAUAAUUCUAGUGAUGAUGUCAUAUAAUUUGAAGAUGAUGAAAUAAUUGAUUUUAUUAAUAUUGAAUCAAAUACUCCUAAAAUUUGUUAACUUUAAAAGCAAGAACUCAAAGUUUCAAAUGAAUCAAAAAUUAGUUCUUAAUUGAUUGUAAUUUAAGUAUUAUUUAAUUAAUAUUUUUAAAGUAAUAAACUAAUCCAAAAUAAAAGCAAACAAAAUCUAGUUAAAAUACUCUAUAAGUAAAAAUAGAAGAUUAAAAGAAUAAUAAUACUUCUGAACUAUAAAAAUUUAAGGACAAUAAUUAUACUGUUUUAUUAGAUUUAUAAGUUGAAUUUGAUGUUGAAUAAUUCUUAAGGCAUCCUGUUCCUAAAGGAGGAAUGAUAUAAUGUAGAUUGUAUAGGGCUUCUCCUAAAUUUACAUUAUUUUUAGAAUAAUAAAAUAAAAUCAUUUUAAAUGCUGAAAAGAAGUCUUUUUCAAUUAAGGGUAGCUAUAAAAUAUUUGCCAAAGGAAAAAAAGAAUAAUUUUUAGGUAAAAUUAAAGGAGAUUUUAUGGGUUAAAAAUAUAUCAUAUAUGACAAUGGAAAAACAUCAAAAAAAUCAAAAGACAUAAACUAAUUAAGAAAAUAGUUAGGAGUUAUCUAUUACUAGCCUUAUGAAAAGAAAUUACGUUCAAUUUAGGUAUUGAAAUUCAACAAAUUAGGCAUUUAUUCCUUCAAUAACUUCUACUGGAUAAUUAUAUGAAUUUAAGAAUCAUUCAUCUUAUAACUCUAUUAUCAAUAAUUUUGAUAAUGUAAUUGAACUAGUAAAUAGAAAACCUUAAUGGAUAGCUUCAUAUAAAUCUUAUGGUUUAAAUUUUUAUGGUAGAAUAUUUAAAAGUUCAGUUAAGAAUUUCAUUUUGACAUAAAGAGGAAGCGAAAUUCCAGUGUUAUUAUUUGGCAAAAAUGAUGAUAGAGAAUUUGUACUUGAUUUUUCUUAUCCGCUAACUCCAGUUUAAGCUUUCUGUAUUGCUCUAUCAAGUAUGGAUCAUAAAUUUUGGUGUAAAUGA